AUGCGUUCAUUACUUUCGUUUUUGGUUUUCGCAGCCACAUUCUUUGCCUGGGUAGAAGCAGCCCCACAAGUUGUUUUACCCCCUUCAAAGGAUCCAUUCUAUCAACCACCAGCCAACUACUCGGAGUAUAAACCAGGAGAGGUCAUUAAGAAAAGACUUUCUCCUCAUAAACUUCGUAGUAUUUAUCUUGAAAUCAACGUUAAAACUGCAUGGCAGUUGAUGUACAGAACUACGGAUGGCACUGGGAACGCAACAUAUGCUGUCACGACAUUAAUCGAGCCUUACAAUGCAAACAAUUCUCGGCUAGUGCAAUAUCUGAUUGCACAGGAUUCUUCACUGAUAGACUGUCCUGCCAGUUAUUCCUUUCAAUAUGGUGCUAGCAUGCUGACGGUAGUUGCACAAGUUGAGAUGUACUUGAUUCAAAUUGCUUUGAAUCAAGGGUGGUGGGUUAAUACGCCAGAUUACGAGGGCCCAGAGGCUGCGUUUACUGCCGGUAGGUUAUCAGGUCAUGCAGUGUUGGACCUGCUUCGUGCAGCAAUUCAUGUUGGCGAAACUGAAGAUGUUACCUUAAAGAAAAAGACAGAUGUGGUUUUCUGGGGAUACCUGGGAGGCUCACUUGCAGCAGGAUGGGCUGCCGGACUUCAAAGAUUAUACGCCCCAGAGCUCACACCACAACUUCUAGGGGCAUGUUUAGGAGGUUUCCCAGCUAACAUUACCCAUACUAUUUUAGCAAUUGAUGGAAGUUUGUAUGCCGGGAUGUUAGGAGCAGGAAUCACUGGUUUGAGUCGCCAAUACCCUAUUUUAAAACAGUAUAUAAAAAAGGCACUUCCCAAGGCAUACAAUUGGGUUUUUGGAAUGGCUGCAGAUGCUUGUUUGUUUCCAGCAUGCGCUUAUAUGGCAUAUGCAAAAGUUUUCCAAGGUGAAAAUCGUUGGGUUCCUACUGGGUUGGAUGUGUUUCGCGAACCCGACGUAGUCAAUGCAUUAUACAACAAUACCAUGGGAGUCAGCAAGGAUGAUAUGCCUCAGAUACCGAUUUUCCUAUACCAGGGCAGAAAAGACAAUAUUGUACCUGCUGUGAAUGCUGACAUUUUGUACGAACAAUGGAGUAAAAUGGGUAUCAAGCUGUUUGAAUUGACAAUCCUGAACACAACUAGACAUAUCACCGAAGCUGCUUUAGGGGCACCUGCUGCAGUUGCAUGGAUCACAAAUAGAUUUGAGCAUAAACCACCAGUGGAAGGAUGCCUGAAAACUGAAAGAUACAGUAAUCUUCUAUAUCCCGGAGUAGCUCCGGCGGUCGUGGAAUUAGUACAAGCUGCAGGCAAGCUGGUAUUCGGAUUUGAGAUUGGUCCUGAUACACUCAAUGGUACACUUUUUAAGCGUGAGGAUGGCCAACCCAUGGACUACGACGAUGUAGUUGAAAAGAGAAUCCAUGAAGAGCAUAUGAUCUUGAAAAAAAGGGGAUCUAUUCCAGGAGAAUUUUACUAG